UAGCCGCGAUAUACUUGCGAUAGACUGACGCAGUUACAGGACUCAUCUCGGGCGCUCGAAAUUAUUACGAGCCCGUCUCUAGAGUCCUGUACUGGCCAGCUAAUCGUUUGAAGUUCAAAUAAAGAACAAAGUGGUUUAGAAUUGAUAACAUCGUUCGCCUACGCCUUGGCUACACCCAGUGAUAAGUGCCCAACCAAAAACCGCAUUCUUAAUUUAAAGUUUCUAGUGUAGUUUUCAUAGUGUUAUCAUACACACAUACCAAAGACAGUGACAUAUUUUUAAGUGUUUAUGCUCAACAUAGAUGUAAAUGAAAAUGGGGAAGAAGAAGAAAAAUAACGGGAAGAAAGGAGGGAACAGAUUUUUCCGCUGGAUAAGAAGCGAUCUGCCCGAUGAAGAGGACAAGAAAUCUCCUGUCCUCCUUCUAGGAGUCAACAAAAUUUCCGACUCGCCGUCUUUCCUAAGAAGAAGAUCUAUAGAACCCGUAACUACAGGGUCUAUAAGGUUCUUUAGGCCUCCGAAAUCAAAAUACACCAGAGGACUUCAAGGAGAUGAAAGAUUAGAGAAGAUCCGACAAGAUCUCCUUGUUCACAAAACCAAAUCAGACAGAUACACGCCACAGUCACAUGAAGUUUCAGUCGAGCCAGAUGACAAAAGAUGUUUAAAAUUCAACUGUGUUGGCAAUUGCAUUUGUGAUCGAAAGAAGAGUUCCAAUCGUGGAUCUUUCUCCUUUCAUAGGCCUGACAAUGAUAACAGAAAUGAAAGCAAAGACUUGUCUGAGAAUGAUAUAGAAUUUAAAUAUACAGAGCACGUUACCGACGCUCAACCAUCGAGUAGCAAGCAAAGUUCUUACAAUGUCACACCAAAAUCUGCUGAAAGAAGACAUUUCUUGCUUUCUAAUUUAAAUGAGAGAUUCAGGAAGACUUUGAGCCUCGAUUCCAGAAAGGUCGAAACUAAUCGCGUACCACUAAGCUUGCCACAAGAAUCUCGACCCAAAUCUCUAGUCAACACGGGUAAUAUAUGCGUACAACAUUUAAAAACAGAUCCUUUCGUGCCGACAAAUUUUGAUAAAGCUAACCAGCCAAAGAAAAAACGUAAAUCAUUCUUUUCCCUUGACACUUUUUUCGAUAAAAAGUCAGAUACUUCUUCAAUUGACGAUUACUGUUCGUCUAAAUACAAAAGGUUCGAGCUUGAAAGUGAUGAUUCUCCUCUAUUUAGACGUGAUCUGUCUCCUAGAAAUGGAGAAAAGACUCCAGAUCUUCUGAAUUUGCCGGUAAUUAUCGAUUCGGUUCGUAAAAAACAGUCCGAUACUAAAAGACAAUUGGAGAAAUUAGAAAGUCAUUAUUAUAAAAGUUUGAUCAAGUCUAGAGCCGUUAUAGAUGCAGUCCCUAAAGACGCAACCGACGUACAAGGUCCGAGCGGACGUGUUUUCAAUGAUGACGACGAUGUGGAAUAUAUAGAACCAAUACGCAGCAAUUUCACAAGUCAAAGCACAUUGAUACUUGAUAAAAACAUUCCUGAUAAUAAGAAAUCUAUACUAACAAUAAACACUGAUGAGACUGAUAUUAAAUUACCUAGUUCGACUGUUACUCCCAACGAAAAUGAUUUAGAUAGUAUUGGCGCUUAUGAAAUUGAAGUUAAGGAGUCUGAUUUGUUAAAGGAUUGUAAGGAAUUAACUGUGAAAGUCAUGGACAAGUCAGUGGAUUCUAUUGGCAGCUGCUCGUUAGACGUGGAUGCUAGUACAGAUUUUUCAGACACCACAUCCGGAAGCUUGAAUCUCCUGACUCCGUCAUCGACGACUAGCUGCGUACGAGACUUCACGUCUCGCAUCCAGGAACGAGUCGGGUCCAACCUCCAAGUGACCCCCGUCCCAACCCCCAUCAGGACGCCAGACGAUCCCACACCUACCCCAAAAAACAAAGAGAACCUCCUGAAACCACCUCCUAAAAUACACAUAGACACCGGCAGUCACAGAUCUCGCACUCACCACAAGAAACGAGACGAGGUCCAGCAGAAGAAACCCAGCUACUUAAAUCUGGCAUGUUCCGUUAACGGUUAUACCAAUUUGACAACAUACGACUCAAAAUUGAGACAAGACAUCAACAAGAGUCGAGAAGCGUCGCCUAUAAGGCCGAUAACGCACACGUAUCACUACAGGAGCGAGAACAACUCACUUCUGGUGCCAGUGCCGGUCAGCGCAAACAAACUGCUCGUGCCGAACCUCGGGCCUCAUGAUACACGCGGCAAUUUGACAGGAAAAGCGCCGCCCAAGGCGCAAACCGACCCUUACCUGGCCACAUCGCCGUUACAUGCCUUCAUGGCUGCAGAAAAUAAACAGUUGAAGAACGAUUUUUUAGGCCCCAGCAUGACGACUGCUAGCAGGUCGUACAUUUCCACAGAAACCAAGAAUUACGCUUCAUCGAUGCUGAAGACUGACGAAGUGGACAAUGCUCAAAGUCUGACAUUCAAAUCCAGCUAUUCGGAGUCGAAUUUCAGGAAGACCGUGAGCAAUGGAAAGGAAACUAGGUACAAUUCGGAAUCUUACACGAUAUCCUCGAAUGGAAUGUCGAAACGAGUUGAAAUCACGAAGGAAAACGGUGAGAAAUUGACUAGUCCCAUGAAAAGUUUUAUACAACAACGCGUGGAAAGAUUAUAUGGACCAGGGGCUUUGGCUCAGGGUUUUUUUAACCAGAAGCGGCAUAAACUGAGGAGUCAGAGCGACGAGGACGAGCCCAAAGUGCUGACAGAGAAAUCGAUGAACUGCCCGAGUGAAAGUUAUUUGAACCCGCGGAAAUCUGUUAGUUUCGAGAGUGAAAAUGUUUAUUCUAGUCCGAACGGCGAAACUGGGGAACUGGACGUGUCUCUGCCUGUUCUCAGGCAUUUAAGGCCAGAGUUCCGUGCUCAACUACCCAUAGUAUCACCUAAGAAGAAUGUGAAGACGGAACUUUCACCUCUGAAGCCCGGAAACAUUCCAAUCCAGAAGACUGAAGAGACUCAAGUACCCGUGUCCAGUGAUUUAGUGACGAAUGGUGUGUCUGUGAUAAGUUUAGACGAGAAAGAGACAGUGAACGGUGUAAACUGUGCAGGGAACGGUAAGGAAGUGGUGAAAGAUGGACAUUAUUUCUUGGAUUUGGAGAAGAAGGAGACGGAAAGACUGCUGGCUCUUUCUGCCACAGCUGAAAAGGAGUUGGAGAGUUUGCAGGAUCGUGAGGACGUGAGCGAAGAGAUCCUAGGAUUCCUCCGGUCGGCCUCGGGCAAGGCUAGGUUGCUUGCCACACAGAAAAUGCAGCAGUUUGAAGGACUCUGUUACAACAACAUAAACGAGCGGCUGGACGAGCCAUUCCCCACCACCGUGGAGGACCUGCAGGGCUUCUGGGACAUGGUGUGUCUCCAGGUGAAGCACGUGGACGCCAUGUACGAGAACAUAGCCGCUUUGAAAGCUAACAAUUGGCAAGAGAUAUCAGCUCCGUCACCCCGCGCACAAGCCCCGCCCAGCCGCGGCCGCGCCCGCGCGCCGCCGCCCGCGCACACCGAGCGGGCGCGGCUGGCGGCCGAGAAGAGGGAGGCCGACCGGAGGGCCAUGCUGGAGCACAGGAGACGUGUGGCGCGCGAGAGACAACUGGCUGCGCGUGCGUCGGCCGCGGAGAACGGCCGCGAGAGGGACCUCCACAUGGGCAUCGAGGGAAGCCAGGAGGUAGAAAUCUUCGUAGGUAAGACGAAACCUACUACAGCGUCUACAGGCGACGCCGGGCCCUCCACAGAGAGCUGAUCGAACAAACGAACAGGCAGACAUUAUAGCGAUUAGACAAAUUCUUGUACAGAUGUGUUCAGGCUGCGCAUCGCCUUGUGUGGGGUACGAUUUUGACGCAAUCGAGAAACGUAUUGGAAAAGAAAUGGUUUGGCUAGCAAAGAUUUACAGACGAAACAUAUUAAACGCGUACAUAGUCGUUCUAUUUGUCUGUUAUUAAAAAAAAAUGUUUUAAGAUAUUUAAAAUACAUGUUCGAACGUGAUUUUCAAUUUGUUUGAAAAUAUUGGGGAAAUGUUUUUUGCUCGUAAAAAAUAUUCGAAUGCGUGAAAAUAGUACCCGUGAUCAGUUCUAUGUAUCGUACGUUUUGAAUGAUUUAAAAAACAAAAGGUUUGAUUGUAGUCAGCUUUUGCUCAUUUCAUCGUUCGCGUAAUAAUUUUAAAAUAUUCGUGAUAGAAAAAUCACUUCAUAAUAACUAUUUGUAUGUAUUUCAUUGAAAUUACUUAAGUGGUCUUUGUCUGUGUCAAAAUUUACGAUAUAUAGUUAAAAACUGAACGUCCUUAGUUGAGCGUCAAGCCUUUAAAAAAUAAUUUACUAUAAUAGAGUAUUAUAGUUUAUUCAGUGUUCUUAGUGUAUGUAUGUGUUUGUAUGAACACCAAAUGUCAGAAACAAUUCAACUAUAGACUCACUUCUGGUACAUUAAUUUUUAUAGACUUGUCGCCCGUUACAGUUCCGUGUGUAACGGUAACCGCUUAACCUGAAGCGGUUUUUAUGUUAUCAUAAUAAAUGUGUAACGCUGUGACAUAAAAUAAGCUUAUUUUUGUAAGGUUCAUGAAAUUGAAACAUUAAAAAUAAUGUAUUUAUCGUUUUGAUUUCAAUAUUUUUGGCAAAAUCUAGAAUGCUCAUUUGUUUUAUACUGUUUUAAUGUAAUUUAUUUCUUAAUGACUUAUUGUAGAAAAAAAAUAAUCAUAACUGUAUUUAAUAGUUCGAUUUGAGAAUUCCCUAGAUGCAUUUUUAAGUUUUCAUUUAUCAAUAACACUAUAUUGUAUACAAAAUUUGUACAAAUUAUUAGAUUUUAUUUGAUUGCCAAGAUUUUUUUUUUUGCUUUACAUUAUUUUAAUAACAUAUCUCUAUGAAACACUCAAUACAAUAUAUAGUUUUUUUUUUUUUACAAUUCUCACAAUGAACUUACCUUAUUUUCACGAGUUUCUAUCAAUGAAAUGGCACAAUUUUUUUAACUUUGCGUUUUGCACUAUUUUUACACUAUCAAAAACAUUCAACUUUAAAUAAUACAGGUAUUAAACGCGUAACGUACCUUUAUUUCAUCAUUGUAACAUGAUUCGAAACGUCCGAGACAAUAUAAAGGCAUGUUACGUGCGCGUUAAACACCUGUUAUUAUUAAUAAACAGUAUAAUGCUAAGCGAAAGUUUAAAAUCAGUGACAUUUAACGUUAUUAUUGAAAAUUAUAAAACUGUCUCGUGGCGCAGUAGCAAAAUUCCUGGUCACCCGGAUUCGGUUCAAAAUCAUUUUUACUGCAUAAGUUAUCCGCACUUAUGUAUUGCAAAAUAUUAUGGACACUAAUCUGUUGUCCAGAUUUAGACAUUCUAAAUUAUUCAGUUAACUAAUUCAUACAACUGAAGUAGCAUUCAGGAAGUUGCUAAUUACUAUUUCACUUUUCAGAAUUGAUAACUUUAUCAUGUACUAGCGACCGCCCCGGCUUGGCUCGGGUAACAUUUAUGCAUAUAAGCCUUAUUCUUGUAUAUUCAUGCAUAUUAUGCCUUAUUAUGUAGCCUAUAUUCUUGUAACAUUCUAUCUAAAAAAAAACACUGCAUCAAAAUCCGUUGUGAAGUUUAAAAGAUCUAAGCAUACAUACAAAAAUAGGGACAGACGCGCAAAGCGACUGCUUUUUAGCAAAAUUCAGUAAAGAACCUAUUUCAGAGUACCACUACACUUUUGGCCAUCCAUUUUAUGGCAUAGCUUGCUCACAUAAUAAAAUAUGUAAUGAAAUAUAGUUUAGAAUUGGUACGGUCAGUAAAAUGAAUAUAUAUUUUUUGCAAAACAUAAAUCAUAUCAUCAUAUAUCAUAAUUAAUUUGCUCAAAAAAUGAAAAAAGUACACGCUUUUAAUUCAUCAAGUAAAUAGUUGUUUUAAUCUAUUUAUUUUAUUGGCCGUACACAAAGAAAUAACCGAAUUAUUCAUAUUUAAAUUCAUGGAGUUAUAUAAUAAUACAUAUAUGGCAACACUGGAAAUAAAAAAUUUGUAAAUUCUUGUUUCAUCGUGUCUUGUCUUUGAAUUUUGUCGUUAAUUUAUGAUUUCUCGUGAUGUCCAAAUGUUAUUUGUUACGUGAACCUUAUUUUUGGUGUUGCCAUAUUAUGAAAUAAACUUAUCGCUUGUAAACAAUAGGAAAUAGUUUGUAUAUUAUAAUCUGAUUAAUAUUAUUGAUUCGAGAUGUAAUGCAGUAAAAUUGAAUUAAAAUUAUUAUAUUAAAGUUUUUGGUACAUUA